AUCCUAGUACUAAAUGUUUUGUAUCUUUGUCCUAUGUAAGAGAAAAACAAAUAAAUAAUCAUCAUCGUCUCUCACAAACCAAAAUAAAACAAAAAAAUUAAGAUACGGACAUAGAAACACAGAUUGCGUUAGAGAGAGAAACCUCGCUCGGAUCCAAACCAAAUUGUUCUUUCUUCUAAACAAAAUAAGCUUCCAAAAUUCUAACAAAAACAACAACUUCUUCCACCAUGUCAGAAUCAACCACUCUCAUGUUACUCUUUUGAUUCAAAAUCACCAAUGUUGGUUCAAUUAGGGUUCUUAAGAUCUUUUACAUAAAUGGCAUUGUUCCGUAAGUUAUUCAAUAAGAAACCCCCUGAUGGCCUUCUUGAAAUCACUGAAAGGGUUUAUGUCUUUGAUUAUUGCUUUACCACGGAUGUUAUGGACGAAGACAAAUAUAAAGUUUAUAUAGGAAGAAUAAUUAGGCAAAUUGGCGAGCACUUCCCCGGCGCUUCAUCUAUGGUGUUCAACAUGAGGGAAGAAGGAGAAAACCAAAGCCAUAUAUCAAGCAUUUUGUGUGAGUAUGACAUGACUGUGAUGGAGUAUCCAAGACAAUAUGAAGGUUGUCCAUUACUUAACAUGGAGAUGAUCCAUCAUUUCUUGAGAUCAGGUGAAAAUUGGCUUCAACUCGGGCAGCGAAAUAUCGUUUUAUUGCAUUGUGAACAAGGUGGAUGGCCGGUUUUAGCAUUUAUGCUGGCUGCACUCUUGAUUUAUAGAAAAAUGUGUACAGGGGAACAUAAAACACUGGAUAUGAUAUAUAAGCAAGCGCCUCGGGAACUUUUGCAAUUGAUGUCACCAUUGAAUCCGUUACCUUCACAAUUAAGGUAUCUUCAGUACAUAUCAAGAAGAAAUGUUGGUUCAGAAUGGCCUCCUCCGGAUAGGGCACUUACGUUGGACUGUGUAAUUAUACGACAAAUUCCUAAUAUGGAUGGAGAGGGUGGUUGCCGUCCUAUAUUUAGGAUAUCUGGAAAAGACCCUUUUAUUCCUGCGAAUCGGACUCCCAAAGUUCUCUUUUCUACUCCGAAAAAGAGCAAACUUGUUCGGCACUACAAGCAGACUGAUUGCGAACUAGUCAAGAUUGACAUCCAUUGUCAUGUUCAAGGCGAUGUUGUACUUGAGUGUAUUAGUUUGGAAGGUGAUUUGGAACGUGAACAAAUGAUGUUCCGGGUUAUGUUUAAUACAGCAUUCAUAAGAUCAAAUAUUUUGAUGCUUAACCGUGAUGAAAUUGACAUGUUAUGGAAUGCUAAAGAUCAUUUCCAUAAAAAUUUUAGAGUAGAGGUUCUUUUCUCAGAUAUGGAGGCUUCUUCGUUUUCUGUUAUUUCAAUCGAUCUUCCUCGUAUUAAGGAGAAAGAAGGUCUACCUGUUGAAGCAUUUGCUAAAGUUAAGGAAAUUGUCAGCCAGGUUGAGUGGCUCGAUUCGAAGUCUGAUGUAGCAAAUUUGAUACAACGGAUCACAGCAUCAAAUAUCCUUCUAGAAAGAUUGGACGGUGGAGCUCCGGGUUCACCAAGCGCCUUGCUAGCCGAGUCAUUGUCCGGAAGAUUUAAAUUUGAUUCAAAGACACCAAACGAACCAAAUAAGCAAGCAUCAGAAGAGAAAUUGUCAGAAGAGAAAAUGAUUGAAUCAUUAAAAUUAGAGGAAUUGUCAGAAGAGAAAACCGAGACUCUUACAAGUUUAGGUCAAGCAAGCAAACCUAGUCCUUCAAUUGAUCUGUCAAAAGAUUCAGAUUCUACUAAAGUUGAUACUGAAUCAUCAGAAUCAGAACAAUCAUUGGAAAAUGAUCCUAAAUCUCCUGCUUCUACAGCUCAGGUGGAAGAAUACGUCUCCUUAAUUGAACCAUCAAUAGAUGCAGAUUCGAUGAAAAAGAACUCUGGAUCAUUGGAAUCUGAGGAAAAUAACAUUGAAUCAUUAGCAUCAAAGGCGGUAUUGGAAAAUGACACCAUGCUUCCUGCAUCUGACUCUUCUACUAAUGCACCAAUGGAAAAUGAGAUUGAAUCAUUAGACUCAAAGGCACCGAUGGAAAAUGAUAGUGUAGUUAAAUCCAAACCAAAGUUGCGUCCAGAAGCUGAUAUACGAAGUCCGAAUCCUGCAGGUGAAGAGAAAUUUCCGGUGUCCUCAUCUGAAUCAAUUGGGGAUGCUACAAUGGAAAAGAAGAAAAAACCGUUAGAUUUAACGACAUCACCAGAAAAUAACAUCAAGACUCCUGCACCGGCAGAUUCACAUCCUACUGCGGUGAAGAUUGAAUCAUUAGACUCGAAGGCACCGAUGGAUAAUGACAGUGUAGUUAAAUCCAAACCAAAGAUGCGUCCAGAAGCUGAUAUAAGAAGUACGAAUUCUGCAGGUGAAGAGAAAUUAUCAGUGUCCUCAUUAAUUGUUUGCCGGGGUAUAAUGACGUUGAUUAAUUGCCGUUGUUGUUUGUGUCGUGUGUCAUCGUAAGUAUUAUGUCUCAUUCAUACAUUCAUGAGUCUGAGGUUAAGUGACGAUGUUUUAUUUGCGUUGUAUAGUGACGAUGUUUAUCUACGUUGUAAAGUGGCGAUGCAUUGUUUUGUGAUGAUGAUGAAUGUUCAGUAAAAUAACUCUGACAUCCGACCCUUGGUACCACAUGCAUUCAGAGUCUAGGAUCACAUCUCAUGCAUUAUAUAUGUGUCAUUGAAUGUGAACAUGUUUGUUACCUUCCAGUCGUUGCUUUAACGUGUUUCUUUGAUUAUGUCUUGUGAUGUGCUUAAUUGUGUAAAUGCUAACGAGUCAUUUCCCUAUUCUUGUUGUGUUAAUACACCGCUAUUUUGUGUGAAUAUAUUUUCACCCAUUUCUUUUGUUUCGUCUUUUCAAUUCAGCCUUUAUUUUUUGAGUCACUCUGAGAGUGUAACACUGGGGGGCGAACUAUUUGAUUACUUCAGUUGUUUUCAAGUCUUCAAAUUUGAUAUGAUGUUUAUUUUUUCGAA